AUGCCCUCCCUCCUCGACUCCUACACACCCCAGACGCGCUGCUGGUUCCCCGACAAGGACCUCGGGUGGGUCUCGGGGCACGUCACAGCCAAGCAUGUCGACGGAGAAGACGUCAGGAUCGAGUUCGUCGACGAGAACGGCAAGGACCACACCGUUACGACGACCCUGAGCGCGAUCGCCUCGAACCCGGAUGUUCUCCCUCCCUUACGGAAUCCGCCUGUCCUUGAGGGAACGGAAGACUUGACGAACUUGUCGCACUUGAACGAGCCAGCCGUCCUCCACACGAUCCUCCACCGCUACUCGCUCCGCUCAAUCUACACCUACUCCGGCAUCGUCCUCGUGGCCGUCAACCCCUUCACCUCCCUCUCAGGCGUCUACUCCCCCUCGGUCGUCCAAGCCUACUCCUCCCGCCUCAAAGGCGAACUCGAACCUCACUUGUUCGCGAUCGCCGAAGAGGCGUAUCGGUGUAUGGUCGGCAAAGACGGCGAAGGCGGAGGGAAUCAGACUAUUGUCGUCAGUGGAGAGAGUGGUGCGGGAAAGACGGUCAGCGCCAAGUAUAUCAUGAGGUACUUUGCGACGGUCGAGGAUCCCAACAAGCCGGGGAAGAAGAAGACCACGGCGAGCGGCAUGACCGAGGUCGAGGAGCAGAUCCUCGCGACCAACCCGAUCAUGGAAGCGUUCGGUAAUGCCAAGACGACCCGCAACGACAACUCGUCGCGCUUCGGCAAGUACAUCGAGAUCCUCUUCGACGGCACGCAGACCAUCGUCGGCGCGCGCAUCCGGACGUACCUCCUCGAGCGCUCUCGCCUCGUCUACCAGCCCGAAACCGAGCGCAACUACCACAUCUUCUACCAACUCCUCGCCGGCGCUCCCUCCUCCGAACGGAAAUCCCUCGGACUCGACUCGGCCUCGUCGUUCACCUACCUGAACCAAGGCGGUCCGAAUGCGCUCGCGAUUGCGGGGGUCGACGACGCAGCCGAGUUUGAGGCGACGCAGAAGGCGCUGUCGACUGUUGGGAUUACCGUCGAGCGGCAGUGGCAGAUCUUCAAGGUCCUCGCUGCGCUGCUCCAUCUCGGCAACAUGGAGAUUCGCGCGACCCGCACCGACGCACUCCUCGACGACGACGACGCGUCCCUCGUACGCGCAACCUCGUUACUCGGCAUCGACAAGACCGAGUUCAAGCGCUGGAUCCUCAAGAAACAGAUCGUCACUCGCACGGACAAGAUCGUUACGAGCCUCAACGCGGCACAGGCGAACGUCGUCAAGGACUCGGUCGCCAAGCAUAUCUAUGCGAGCUUGUUUGAGUGGUUGGUCGCGGUCAUUAACGAGUCGCUCACGAAUGAGAAGGUCGAGGGCACUGUCAAGAACUUUAUCGGCGUCCUCGACAUCUACGGGUUCGAGCACUUCAAGAAGAACUCGUUCGAGCAGUUCUGCAUCAACUAUGCGAACGAGAAACUCCAGCAAGAGUUCAACGCGCACGUCUUCAAGCUCGAGCAGGAGGAGUACAUGCGCGAGCAGAUCAAUUGGACCUUCAUCGACUUUGCCGACAACCAGCCGACGAUCGACCUGAUCGAGGGCAAGCUCGGCGUGCUCUCUCUCCUCGACGAAGAGUCGCGCAUGCCGUCCGGCUCCGACUCGAACUUUGUCCAGAAACUCCACUCGACCGUCGGUGCGAAGCCGGAGAACGCAAAGGUUUUCAAGAAGCCUCGGUUCGGGAACAACGGGUUCACGAUCUCGCACUAUGCGCUCGACGUCACGUACGAGGCCGACGGCUUUCUCGAGAAGAACCGCGAUACGGUCCCCGACGAACACCUCGCUCUCCUCGCGACGACCACCAAUCCGUUCCUCAAGGAGGUGCUCGACCGCGCAGAGGCGACCAAGGUGGCUGUUGCGGAAGCCGACGCUGCAAAGGCUGCCGAGGCUGCUGCGGCCAACCCAGCUGCGAGCAAGCGCAUGAGCGUGAUGGGCGGCGCAGGCGGCGCGCGCGGCGGGACAGCCCGCAAGCCAACGCUCGGCUCGAUCUUCAAGGCGUCGCUCAUCAGCCUCAUGGACACGAUCGACUCGACCAACGCGCACUACAUUCGCUGCAUCAAGCCGAACGAGGCGAAGCAGGCGUGGGAGGUCGAGCCGCCCAUGGUCCUUGGGCAGUUGCGCGCGUGCGGUGUCCUCGAGACGAUCAAGAUCUCUUGCGCUGGGUACCCGACGAGGUGGAAGUUUGACGAGUUUGCCGACCGCUACUACAUGCUCGUCCCGUCGUCGCAGUGGCAGCAGACGUCCGACCUUCGCGCCCUCUGCGAGUCGAUUCUCUCGUCCGCCAUCUCCGAGCCCGACAGGUACCAAGUCGGCUUGACGAAGAUCUUCUUCCGUGCCGGUCUGCUCGCCCGCUUCGAGCAGCUGCGCACGUCGCGGCUGAACGAGCUCACGACGCUCAUCCAGAAGAACGUCCGGCGGUUCCUCGCCAUGCGCGACUACUCGCGCGUCCGCAAGAUGAUCCUCGGCGUCCAGGCUGUCGUCCGCGCAAAUGCGGCGAAGAGGCGCGCGGAAGAGGCGCGGCGGGAGAAGGCGGCCGUCAUGGUGCAGAAGGUCGCGAGGGGGUUCAUGGAGAGGCAGCGGUUCGAGCGGGCGAAGAGGAUGGUCGUCGCGUUGCAGGCCAUCGCGAGGGGCCAGCACCUGCGCGCGAACUUUGUUGAGGAGAGGAAGAAACAGGCGGCGACGCAGCUGCAGUCGAUGUUGCGUGGAGCCGUCGCCCGCCAGCAGUUUCUCCGCGACCGACGACGAGUCAUCCUCCUCCAGUCGUGCGUGCGGCGGAGACAAGCACGUGGACAGCUCAAGGCGCUCAAGGCCGAGGCGCGAUCCGCAACGCACUUCAAGGAGGUCACCUACCGUCUCGAGAACAAGGUCGUCGAGCUCACGCAGACGCUGCAGAAGCGGACGACCGAGAACCGCGACCUCCAGUCGAAGCUGCGUGCGCUCGAGCAGCAGCUCGACAGCUGGCAGUCGAAGCACGACGAGGCCGACUCGCGCGCGAAGGCGUUGCAGAGCGAGCUCGACAAGCCGACCAUUGCGCUCGCCGAGUUCGAGGCGCUCGCGCAGCAGAAGAAGGAGCUCGACGCGCGCCUCGAGGAGUCGCUCAAGCAGAUCGCCGACAAGGACGCCGAGAUCGAGCGGAUCCACCAGGACUUUCUGAAGCAGAAGACCGACCUCGAGGCCAAGCAGGGGACGCUGCAGAAGUCCCUCGCUGCCGCAUCGGAUGACUCGGCCACGGUGUCGGGCUUGCGGCAGGAGCUCGCCUCCCUCCGCGAACAGCUCUCCCGCCAAGUCGCGAUCAACAACAACGCCGCCAAGGCGCCGCGACAGGACGCGAACUUCACGAUGGCGACCGGUCAGCGAUCAGUGGCGCCUGGCGCGCCCGUGACGAACGGCGUCGUCGAGAACGGCUCAUCGCCAUCGCUGCCAGCUGGCGUCGCCGCCGCCGCCGCCGCUCUCUCCGCGCCGCAGGGCGCGAAGCGAAGAGCACGGCGACACAGUGACGGCGUCAUGGACGGCGUCUCGGUUAGCCCUAUCCCGGAAGACGGCCGAUGGGAGAAGUCGCCUCGACCGGUCUCGAUGGCUUUCCCUCAGGAGCCGACCGUCCGAAGACUCGCCGGCGGACCUGGCGGGAAGGGCUACCUGCCCGACGUGUACGAUGACCCGGCGGAGGAGAUCAUGCGGCUGCUCGAGGAAGAGGAACCUCUCGAUGAAGACGUCCUCUUCAGCCUCGUGCGACACCUCAAGAUCCCGGCGCCGAAUCUGUCCAGCCCGCCUUCGCCAAAGGAGGUCCUCUUCCCCGCACACUUGAUCUCGCUCGUGACGAACGAGAUGUGGAAGUACGGCAUGAUGCGCGAGAGCGAGCGCUUCCUCGCUAAUGUCAUGCAGACGAUCCAGCAGCACGUCAUGAGCUACACCGGCGACGAGGUCAUCGUUCCUGGCAUCUUCUGGCUGUCGAACGUCCACGAGAUCCUCUCCUUCGUCUGCAUCGCCGAGUCGGACAUCCUGCAGGGCAUCGGUCCCGGCGGCGACGGCAUCGGCCGCGACUAUGAGUGGGACGACUACGAGCGACUCGUCACGAUCGUCAAGCACGACCUCGACAGCCUCGAGUACAACAUCUAUCACACGUGGGUGCAGGAGACGAAGAAGCGGCUGCACAAGAUGGUCAUCCCGGCGCUCAUCGAGUCGCAGUCGCUGCCGGGUUUCGUCACCUCCGACUCGGGCGGCAGGCUGUUCAACCGGCUCGUCGGCGGCAACCAGGCGCCCGCAUUCAGCAUGGACGACAUCCUCAACCUCCUCAACAAAGUUUGGAAGAGCCUCAAGUCGUACUAUGUCGAGGUCACGGUCGUCCAGCAGGCCAUUACCGAGCUCCUCAAGCUCAUCGGCGUCACCAGCUUCAACGACCUCCUCAUGCGCCGCAACUUUUCCUCGUGGAAGCGCGCGAUGCAGAUACAGUACAACAUCACGCGCCUCGAAGAGUGGUGCAAGGCGCACGACAUGCCCGAAGGCACGCUCCAGCUCGAACACCUCAUGCAGGCAACCAAGCUGCUGCAGCUCAAGAAGGCGUCGCUGGCCGACAUCGAGAUCAUCUUUGACGUGUGCUGGAUGCUCACGCCGACCCAGAUCCAGAAGCUCGUCGCCAACUACUACGUUGCCGACUAUGAGAACCCGAUCUCGCCUGAGAUCCUUCGCGCUGUCAAUGCGCGCGUUGUCGCCGGCGACAAGAACGACCACCUGCUCCUCCCGCCCGAGGUCGAGGAGGCCGGCCAGUACGAGACUCCCUUGCCGCGCGAGGUCACGGGCAUCGAGACCUACAUCCCGUCGUACCUCGUCGCGCCGCACAUCCGACGGCUGGUCGGUGUCGUAUCGUCCCUCACCUAG